UAGAGAGGUUUGUACAGCUUAAACAUCCUUUACCCGAAUCAGACAACAUCAAAUCAUUUUAUAAUCUUUCUCUGUGUGUUUGUGCUUUAACAGUCUGUUUCUCAGACAUUAUGGCCUGGAUGUAAAAAAAACUUUUAAAACACAAUGAGAGUAAACUGAUGUAUGUUGGACCCUUAGCUGUCUCUUAAAUAAAUCAUUGUGCAGUUUAUGUAAAGACGUAACGUUAAGGCUCCCAAGUUUGUAGCGUUAUUUUUUUAUUGAAUCAGUCAUAUUCAACAGUUUUUUUAACAUUAGCCACGGGAUGAAGGAAAAAAUAAAUAAUUUAAAUAAAAACAUGAAGAUGCUUACAUACAUUAAUUAAUUUAACGGCUUUCUUAUUUAUCAGAUUAUACAUUGUUUUAGGUAUUGCUUAACUUCUAAUAGAGGGUAUGCACGUGACGUCACCUUCGGCGAAAGUGACUGCGGUUACGCCCACUGAGUGGCAAAAGACAACGUCAGCAUUUGAGUACAGUGUGAAAUCAGCAAAAACACGAGGAAAACGCGUAAAAGCUUUUGUGCGAUAGACUGUACUAAUACAUUUAAAAGUACACAAUUUUAAUGUAAUUAGGUAUUAAAUAAAUUUUAAUAUGCAAUAUUAAAGAAUACACAGUAUGAUUCUAUGCUUUAGAAUGUAGUGAAGUAAAUUUUUUCCCAAUACAAACACCCUAAUAAAGCACAGAUGCUUGGAAAAUGUAACUAAUUUAACGAAGUGUUGUUCACCUCUGCUAUCAAAUCCAACUAAAUUCAAUUUAAGCUGAUAAUAGUCAGUUUUACUGGCAUUUUGCACAGCAGUCGGUAUGAAACACUAUAAGACAUUUUGUUGAAUCAUUUGCCACCCAACAGGGCGAGUUCUGGUGUGGUCAUGUGGAAAAGUGACGUCAAUGCAUACCCUCUAUAGCAAAAUUUGGAAUAAUGGUUUAUAAUCACCAUAUUAACAUUUAUACUAAUUUAUAUAUAUAUUUGAUUAAUCGUUACAUUAUAAUGAAAUCGAUCUCUAGCCCACUAAAUUCUGGAAGUUAGCGGGACACUUGUUCCCUCACUAAAAAGCCCAUUCAUUUUUUCCAUAUACUUGUGUAACGUGUAUAACCAAACUAAACCUGUGUGUGUGUGUGUGUGUGUGUGUGUGUGUGUGUGUGUGUGUGUGUGUGUGUGUGUGUGUGUGUGUGUGUGUGUGUGUGUGUGUGUGUGUGUGUGUGUUUGUGUUUGUGUGUGUUUGUGUGUGUUGUAAGGAUGGGGUUUGUUGUGAAUCUUCAGAGUAUGUGACUGUUUGGAGCUCCAGUGAAUGUCUGGAUUCAGUGUGGAUGAGCAGAGAUCAGAGCCGCACACCACAGUCACUGCUGGAUAAACUCUCUGAAGAGACAUCCAGACACACACAGGACUCAGAUCUCAGUCUGUCUUUACUCUCGUAUACUGAGUCAAAGCCCACAGACACUCAGGACACUACAGUGUGUGACAGUAAACAGAGCUUUCAGGAGGAUCAAACCUCCACAGAGUCUCUGGAUUCUGUCUGUAACGCUGGAGAACAGCAGCAGAUCCUGCAGACCAAACUCAAGAUGUCUUCAGUUAAACCGAUGGACAGUGGGAACCUAAUGAUGAAGAUGAGAAGAGAAACUACAGCAGAUGAAGAUCACACCGAGGAAGAUGAUGACAAUCAUGAUGAUUUUUUUCCUUCAGAUAAGAUCAGUGAUUCGUGUUUGGAUGGAGAAAUAACGUCUUUAUCGUCAAAAGAGCGACAGAUGGCACAAACUCUUUCCUGCAUCACCGAUGAAGAGACAUUGAGCUCACAGAGACUUUUAGAUAGAAAUGCAGAACAAAAACUCUUGACCUCCACCAGAUCUGAGAUCAGCUUCAUUACCUUACAAAAGUAUAAACGUCAUCAUUCAAAAGUGCACAGAGAGAAGAAGGAGAAGCACUUUCACUGUCAGCAAUGUGGGAAGGAUUUUGGCGUCUUAUCUCAGCUAAAAGUUCACAUGAGGACACACAGUGGUGAAAAGUCUUUCUACUGCACUGAAUGUGGCAAAUAUUUCAGCACCAAACAAAGUCUUCAUUUUCAUCAGAGAAUUCACACUGGAGAGAAACCAUACGAGUGUCCUCACUGUGAGAAGAGAUUCAGCCGAAACCAUCAUCUGAAGUCACAUAUGCUUAUACACACCAAUGAAAGACCGUAUCAGUGCAGUCAAUGUGACAAAACCUUUAAGUAUUCACGUUCACUAAAAAAACAUCAGAAUAUUCACUCUGAGGAGAAACGCUAUCAGUGUUCACACUGUGAUAAAUGUUUCGGUCAGAAAUAUCAUCUGAUUAUCCAUGAGAGAGUUCACACUGGAGAAAAACCUUACGUCUGCUCUCACUGUGGAAAGAGCUUCACUCAACCAGGUACUUUUAAAGCUCAUCAGAGAAUUCAUACAGGAGAGAAACCUCAUCACUGUACUGUUUGUGGGAAGAGUUUCAGCAAAAAAUGUAUUCUAAAGAAACAUGUGCGUAUACACACUAAUGAGAAACCAUAUCAGGUUUUAGUGAGACACCAUAGAACUCAUACAGGUGAAAAAAACGUUACAAAUGUUCUCAGUGUGAGAUGCCAGAUUCCUUAAAAGCCCAUUUGAGUGUUCAUACGUGAGAGAAACCUUACGGGCCCUAUCAUACAUCCAGCGCAAUGUGCGACACGAGUGUCUUUCGCUAGUUUCAACCUGGCGAAAUUAUAAUUUUCACGUUUAGCUAGCACCAAGUUGUUUAAAUAACAAAUGCAUCUGCGCCCAAUUUUGCACCCAUGGGCGUUCUGGUCUGAAAAUGAGGUGUGUUCAGGCACAUUCUUGGUGCGUUGCUAUUUUGAGGUAACUAAAAUAGACUACGCCAUUGACCAACUAAAACCUGCUCUAAAGUCAAUGGCGCAAUAUUGUUUUUGUUAUUUAAUGAGCUUGUUAGUAAUACGGGACGACAGUGCGCGUUUGCUUAUCACACACAUGGAUGCCCAGCAGAACACAACCCUUUUAUAAUAUGAAAAAUUAAAGGAUUAAAAUGUAAAAGAUUAUUAUUGAGUCUCUUGGACUUAAAUGAGGACCGAUUAUGAGACGUUAGAAAGUGUAAAGAGCUGCUUGACCUGUAGCUUGGUAAGAAAUUGUUUUGCUUUAAACAAAUGCUUCUGUUUUUAAAUGUUUUUUAAAUGCUACCUCACGAAUUUGUACCUGUGGAUAUGGUGAGAUGAGAAACAUUUUUAAGUAAUGCUUUAAAAAAAAACAUGGCGCUGUCUGGGUGCUGAAACUGUUAAUUUGUAAAUUCUUUAUCUUCUCUUUGUUACAAAUAAAGUAUUUUUA